AUGCAGAAUUCCAUACUUCUUAAGCAAUAUAUCAAAAAUGACAACAAUCUCAAUUCUGUAAGCAGCGAUGUGUUGGACGAGAUGGUGGAGGAGGUGCUGAUCGGUGUCUACUUCGAGGUCCACAGAGCGGCCAAACACACGAAAUGUCUGUUCGUUGACGAGUCACCCACUGAAGAGUUAAAACAACAAAUACGUGUCGGUCUCUCGAUGGCAGCCAUAAUCGACGCGAAAGGACUGGACAUCUUCGGUGAGGUGCCGAUCAAGAAGCAGAUGGAGUGCGUCUGUCCCAACUGUCACCGCAAUUUGGCCGCAUCCCGGUUCGCACCACACCUCGAGAAGUGUAUGGGUAUGGGUCGCAACAGCUCCCGGAUCGCCAGCAAACGCAUCGCCACCACUUCCAUCAAGAAUAACGACUCGGAUGACGAGUACGACAACAACGCCGACACCGAUUGGAGUGUCUAUUGCGGGGAACAGAAGAAGACGAGACGCCGGCGCCUCAAGAAUCCCAACAACGGCACGACUAUUGGCAACGGCGCCGGUGUUCACAAAAAGGUUAAUAAUUCCAAAGCCAACAAAUCGGGUCUAAACGCUAAAUGA